CUUAAUUUUAUACGAUUUCUGUGCUGUAAAAAUACAACAAAAUUUUAACAUUUUUGUCAACCUUAAUUUAAAGUGAUACGUUAAUUUUGUGCAAGAGUCAUGUUCACUGUACGAUUAUCAUCAAUGUUUGUGCUUUUAUGCUUUCUGUACACAUGUGUGUUGGUUGAUGGAAGUGACAAGAAAGAAACAGACGUUUUAAACACCUGUCUUAGUUCAAAGCACCAUAAAACUCAACCGGGACCAGAAGACAACUUGUUCAAAUGCUCUGCAUGGCUGAACAAUUCUUGUUGCACGAACUACACAGCGCAAUAUGUGCACGGGGAUGGACAACCGCUUUAUAACCUUAAUUUCAGCCACUGUGCUCCUAUGUCAGACAAGUGCAGGAAUCAUUUCACCAACAACAAUUGCUUCUAUGAAUGCUCCCCUUACUUGGGGCCAUGGAUUACACCGCAAAAGUUGUCGUACCGUCAUGAGCGAAUGUACAAAGUUCCACUUUGUGCAAGUCAAUGCAACGCAUGGUGGCAAGACUGUAAGGAUGAAUCAACUUGUGUAGAAAACUGGUCAACUGGAUUUAAAUGGGAUAAAAGUGGAAAUCAUUGCCCAAGGAACACAGUAUGUCGCCCAUUUACCAGCGUAUACCACAAUGCAAGCCACUUCUGCGAAACAGUGUGGGGACCUGAUGACUUUGUAGUGACACCUGACCACAACUAUUGUAUGAAGUUAUCUUUCACAGGACCUAACCCCAAUGUAGAGGUGGCCUACCACUAUGCUCUAAAAAAGCAUCUUAUAAAAGGCACUGCAGUCCCACCUUACAGCGAACCGCCAAAAAUUCCACCCCUUCAAGUACAAGGAACAAUAUUCAGUGUUGUAAUUGGCUCCAUUAUUAUCAUUGUUGUUAUUGCUCUGUUGAUCUUUGUUGGCUUAAAGCGCUACCGUGGCACGCUUUUCCAUCACCAGGGGGUGCCGAUGAGGUUUCGUAACUUACUCCGCUCCUCACGGCAGUCAGCGAUGGUUACACGAUCUGACCCUGGAGCCGAGAUGUCUUUUAUGCAAUAUGAGGAGGAAGAGGAAGAAGAUAAUCCUGAGAUGAACGGUUCUCUUCGUCUUGAUUUAUGAUGGACUUCCAAUCCCGGCAAAGCUUUAAUAAGUUUUACUUAUGGUGGUUUAAUUUGUAAUGCUGUAUCUAGUCUUUGGCUUUUUGGUCAAUAUGUCGAUGGUCCUUGACUGCUUGGCUAUUGCAAGCUUGGGGUAUUUUAUUCUGUUCCACUUUGUUUAUAUUCUUUUGUGUGCGGCAGCUUCUUAUUUUCUAAUGCAACACUGUUUAAGUAUUGUAGACAAUUUUUCUAACUGUUAUCACUAAUGUACAACCAGCUAUUUAAAUUACUGAGUUUUACUAACUCUAACAACAUGUAAUAUUAAACCUUAAAGCACAUUUAUAGUUUUGCUGUGAUAAAUAUCAUUUUUGCUUUUGUUAGGGUACCAUCCUAUCUAUUUGUGACGGUACUUUUUGUUUAAAAUAUAUGAACUCUACUUCCACAUUCAUCGCAGCAAUUUUCUAAAAUCCGUGUCAACAUUUUUUUAAUGUAAAUAUUAUCAAGACCCAGUUUCGCAUUUGAAUGGUUGUAUAAAAUAUUGCAUCAUUUAUUAAAGUAAGUUCAGUAUAAAUUUCAAUCUUUUUAUGUAAUCUGUUUCCAUCUUCAAAAUUUCUGUUGUAUCUUGAACUACAUUUCACUAUCUGCAACAUUAUUUCACGCCAUUUAGUCCAUAAUGUCUGUGUAAACAUAUCAACACACAUGUAUUCUUAGUUCAUUUCUUCACACAUGUACAACCAUCAUGGUUAGUAUAGAGAAAUGCCAUUUGAUCUAACCAUGUUUUACAUAAGAAGCCAAAACUUUAUAUACCUUCUUUCAUUCUGUCGCAAAGACUAUGCAUUCUAAACUUUACCACCAAAAUGCUUAUUUAUUUUCCUAAAUUUUAAAAUUAAAUUUAAAUGCCAAUUUAUACACAACUAAACUAAAAUUACCAAAACGUCCAUACACAAUGAAAAUAUUCUUUACCUUUAAACCGUAAGUUUUUCAGCACUGCCGGAUAAAAACCUUGUAAAACUAAUUUUAUUUUAAACUUCUUGAUAUUUUAAUUUGCUGUUUAUUUGUGUCUUGGUUCAUUUUAUGUACACAGUAAUUUUUUACCAAGUUUCUUGAGUUUCUCCUCAACUUUGUUAUUAGUUAUUUUGCAUUUGUUUAUUGUUGGAGGCCAUGCCAAUGCUAGACUACAGUUUAAUAUUAACCCCAAUUACUCUUUGGCACAUUCUGUAUGCAAUUCCUCUAUUGUUAUGUGCCCGAGAUAAACUAAUGAGUGAUAGCAGAAAAUAGUCGUCUAGAUUUGAAUGCUUUGUUUUUAUAAGUAAAAUAUUCAUGUUCCUUGUAACUGAAACUGUUGUAUAUAUGUUUAAAUUUAUACCUGCGUUUAUUUGGUGCUGGCUUUGUUUGGUUUUAUUUUAUUUUUUCUAUAUCUUUUCAAAUUCUGGAAGUUUAGUAAUUUGUAAAUAUCGUGAAUAAUCAGAUUGUGAUACUGUGUUAAAAAACAAUGUAUUAAUACAGUUGCCAAUGUAACA